UGAUGACUUUGAAUAGCAGUUUUAAGUUCGUUCUGAAUGUUUCUAAUAUCUGCCUGAAGCGAUUUUGAUACCUCCAUCGCACAAUUUAUGUUCAUCUAUAUACCACACACACAAUUUAAGUCACUGACUGCCGACGACAUUAAGCCGCAAGUCUCAGCACUUUCUGAAGGUGGCAGCGGCUAUCAUCACUAGCGCUGGCACUGAGGGCGGGAGAGGGCCCUGCGGAAGGGGGCCAAUAGCAUGGAAAGAGAAACAAAUAUCGAAUCAGAAUUCGUUCUUAUGCUAACAUAGUUCUCAGUUUGAAACGUUUAAACCGUAUUCCUCGUUCACCAAUGUGAGACGUCUUCAAGCUAAUUAGAGGUAAAAAUUUGGAAUGGCCAAACGAAAUGCAACAUCUGAACUAAACCAUGACAACUGGAAUGAAGAGGAAGCUCCAGAAGAAGCAGGAACAUUCUGUAAAGCCACGCCUGAUGUUAUGAAGCAUCGCAUAAUUAGAUCAGCCAAACGGAGAUCUGGUGGUAGUACAGAAGAUCAGAAUGAAGCAGCUAAAAGCCCAUUUGCUACAUUUGGGGGCUUCAAAGCAGCUUCCAAUAACCCUGCAUCAACAUUCAGCUUCUUAACAAAAGUGAACAAACCUAAUGAUACAUUGAACAGCUCAGUCAGUAAAAAUGUGCAAACAGGCUCCACAGAUGCCGCUUCUGACAGUAAGUCUGCAGAGUAUUACUCAAAGCUGAAGAGUCUGAACCAGUGUGUGUCGCAGUGGAUAAAAUCACAUGUCGACAGCAACCCAUUCUGUAUCCUCACCCCCAUUUUUAGAGACUAUGAGCUCUACUUGACUGAAAUUGAUGGGAAGGAGUCCAAGCAAAAUCUUGGGAAAGAGGCAGAUGUGACACAAAAGAGAGUGAAGUCACCAGAGAAGUCACCAGAGAAAUCACCAGCUACACAGGGCAUCAUGACUAAGUGUGACACAGCAAGGUCGGUGGAGGGCCCUGCCACUGAAAGCAAAGAAUCAAAAGGCUUUACCCAAAGUUCUGGGAGCAGCACAACAACUUUCAGUUUUGGUUCUGCACCUUCCAGCAGUUCCAAUUCGAUGGCUGGGUUCACCUUUGGAAGUUCCCAACCAUUCACAUUCAGCAAUGUGUCAAAGCCAGAAAUUAAACCAGAGGAGAGCAACGAAGAAGAGGCUGAUGAGCAACCGUUCAAAGUAGAAUUCACACCUGUCACUGAGGAGGGUGCUAUUUAUUCCAAGAGAUGUAAGGUGUUUGUGAAGAAAGAGGCUUCAUUCCAAGAGCGUGGCGUGGGCAUGCUGUACCUGAAACCAGUUGGGGAGAAGACGCAACUGAUUGUGCGGGCUAAUACUAGUCUGGGAAACCUACUGGUUAAUACCCUGCUGAUGGCCAGUCUGCCUGUGCAGCGUAUGGGUUCAAAUAAUGUGAUGUUAGUGUGCUUGCCAACGCCUGACACCAAGCCACCGCCUGUACCUGUUCUUUUCCGAUUCAAGACUGGCGCCGAUGCAGAUGAAGCAUUUGAUAAAUUCAAAGAAUACAUGAAGUAACCAGUUCACGUUAAUUUGAGUGAUAAUUUAGUAACUGCUACCAAAUAAGCCAGCUUAUGAAAAGUGUUGUGCUAUACAUAUUUUAUGUCUCACAGAUUAUAAAAAACAUUGAACCUUUUCCUGGUCUGAAGAUAUGUGUCAUAUGGCUGUGGCUUCCGAAUUCUUCCGUUAAUCAUUCUAAAUCAAUUGUUUUUUUUUCCUGAAUAAAUAUGGCUUUGUUCAACAUA